CUCUUAUGGCAUCAGUAACUCAGCCGGUUCGAAGAAGAUCUUCUAGAGAGAGCAAUUAAGAUCAAUGAUGAGAGAGGAAAAGGGAAGACGUUUAAAUCGUCGACCUCGGCUAUUGCGUUUCCCCGACUCGACAAGAUCCCAAUCGUGUUGUCACAGAAUGUAUAUCCAAAACCUUAUCACGAGAAAAUACAUGACCAGACUCGUUACAUACGAUACGACCGCGCUUCAACUGACCGUGCCGUCUUGAUUCAGUACGCGCAAUGACGCUCUCUCAGCGGGACCUUCCUCUCGGUGUUUCCCAAUCAACACUGGACCACUUCGCCGUCAUACCAUGGACGCAGAGCACUCUCAACGAUCCCGCCUUCCGCAUCGUCUCCCAUUCCCGUACUGUAACGCAUGGUGGGAUCGGCCACACGCUCACGGGCAAAACCUGGAACACCGAUGGCACCAUAAAAGAGCUGCUUUCUUUCUGGAGACCGUCCCCAUCACCACACGUUCAGACCGAGUCAGGAAGAGCAGAAUUGAGGCGGUUCUACACUUUUGGCGGGGAUUUGAAUGCCCAUCCGGGACUUCUCCACGGUGGCGUCAUUGGUUGUAUCCUUGAUAGCAGUAUGGGAGGCUGCGUGGGGAUGGUGCUGCAUGAUCCUCACGAGACUUUCGCGCUGUUCACUGCCCAGCUGAAUAUCGCGUACAAGAAGCCUGUAAAGACGCCGGGUACAGUGGUUGUGAGGUCUUGGGCGACUAAGAUCGAGGACGGCGGAAGGAAGGUAUGGGUGCAUGGCGUGGUUGAAGGCGAGGGAGGUGUUGUUCACGCUACUGCAGAGGGACUGUGGUAUAUCAAACCUUAUCGUGAAUUUGAUCGCCCGUUCCUCUUCAAGGCCAGACACGCGUUCGUCUCAUCGUCUCCAAGCCAGGUACAAUACGUCAUCACCACCUGGAGAACCCCCAGAACUGUCGCAGCGAGGCCAAAGAACACCGCAAAUGCCAAAGCUAUCACAGCGGCCCAAGGCGCUCGCCCCAGUGCGGAAACUGCUCGAAUAGAUCUGACAUGUCUUCGGGCGGCGACAAGCUUUGCGGAUGCUCAUGCAGGCUGGAGAAGAUCUCCAGUGACUUCAGAAGAGCUGGGUCUAGUUCGGUCUUCAAGUCUUCUUGUUGAAGGUACUUGCGGCUCUCGGUGUCGUUUUCGGGAAAGAGGAGCCAGAUGUGUCUUCCAAUCUUCUGUCACCUCGAGUCUCUCAGGUAACGAGCACGAAGCUUAUGAGCUUUGA